GCCGCAGGCGGAGAAUAAUUCAUUCAUGACUCUGUAGACGCUCGGGAAGCCGCUAUGUCUGUGCAAACCCCGCUUCAGGUGGUGAACAUCCCCUGGAGGAACAACAACUUGAGCCUGAUGAGCCGCGACUCGCCGCUGUCCGAUCAGGGAGAGACGAUCAUUGGCGUCUACCUGCUCAUUCUGGGUUGGUUGUCGUGGUUUGGCAACAGCAUCGUGAUCUUCGUUCUGUUCAAGCAGAGAUCGUCUCUCCAGCCCACCGACUAUCUGACGCUCAACCUCGCCGUCUCUGACGCCAGCAUCUCCGUGUUCGGAUAUUCCCGAGGAAUCCUCGAGAUCUUCAACGUCUUCAGGGAUAACGGAUACCUCAUCACCUCUGUGUGGACGUGCCAGGUGGACGGCUUCUUCACGCUGGUCUUCGGUCUGGGCAGCAUCAACACUCUGACCGUCAUCAGCAUCAGCAGAUACAUCAAGGGCUGUCACCCCAAUAAAGCUCACUGCAUCACCAAUGCCACCGUGCUCACGUCUGUCAUCUUCAUCUGGUCAGGAGCCCUGUUCUGGUCCGGAGCCCCGAUCUUGGGCUGGGGAAGCUACACAGAUCGUGGAUACGGCACCUGUGAGAUCGACUGGGUCAAAGCCAACUACUCCAGCAUCCACAAGUCCUUCAUCAUCUCCAUCCUCAUCUUCUGCUUCUUCAUCCCCGUGCUGAUCAUGCUGUUCUCGUACGUCUCCAUCAUCAACACGGUGAAGCGAGGAAACGGCCUGUCAGCCGAGAGAGAUCUGACCGACAGACAGCGCAAGAUCGAGAGAGACGUCACCGUCGUGUCUGUAGUGAUCUGCACGGCGUUCAUCCUGGCCUGGUCUCCGUACGUGGUCGUGUCCAUGUGGUCAGCGUGGGGUUUCCACGUGCCGAGUCUCACCAGCAUCUUCACGCGGCUCUUCGCCAAAUCCGCCAGCUUCUACAACCCUCUCAUCUACUUCGGCCUGAGCUCCAAGUUCCGGCGAGACGCGAGCGUGCUGCUGCCCUGCGGCGGAGAGGCCAAAGACGCCGUCAAGCUCAAGCGCUUCAAGAAGAUCAAGGCCAAGGCGGACAGAGCCGAGGAGAACCGCCAAUUACACAAGAACCAGAAAAAAACCCCUCCGGCAAACCCCGCCCCCAGCCCCGACUCCCGGGAGACUCCGCCCCCUGCAGGUGCACAGGUGUUCUUCAUCGACACGCCUGAGUCCCAGUGCAUCAGACUGUAG